UAUUUCCCACUCUCACUCACUCACCCAACAAUAAUAUAACCCCCUCCAUCCACUCCUAAAUUCAAUUCACCCUUAGCCAGUUUAUUCUCCAACUAUCUCUCUACUCAACUCUCACCCAUAUAUGCAUAUUUUCUAAUAUUCUCACUCCUUUUGUUUAUUUAUUUAGCUACAAAAUAGUAUUGUCUUGUUUUCCGUACAACUUUCUAUUUAUAUACCCAAUUUUUAUUCUCCUCAUCACAAAAAACUUUCUUUCAAAAAUAAUGGAAGAGUUGAUAAUUUCACCUUCUUCAUCUUCAUCUCUAGUUUCUACCACAACUCCAUCAUCAUCAACAACACAAAUGCUUCAACAAAACCUUCAGUUCCUUCUCCAAUCGCAACCAAGCUGGUGGGUCUACGCCAUCUUCUGGAGCACCACGAAGGACGACAAUGGCAACCUCUACCUAGCUUGGGGUGAAGGCCAUUUCCAAGGCAACACCACCAAACACACCAAAACGCAACAACAACACAACCAAAACGACGCCGAAUGGUUCUACGUCAUGUCGUUGACCAGAACCUUCCCCAUAGCAAACUCUUCCUCUUCUUCUCUACCCGGUAAGGCUUUUGCUUUGGGUUCAGUCCUUUGGCUCAACAGCAAAGAAGAGCUUCAAUUCUAUAACUGCGAGAGAGCCAAAGAAGCUCACGCUCACGGCAUCGAAACCUUGAUCUGUAUUCCAACCUCAAACGGCGUCGUUGAGAUGGGUUCUUACAACACCAUCCCUCAGAACUGGAACCUCAUCAACCAUGUCAAGUCCGUCUUCGAAGACUCCAUGGUCAACAACAACAACAAUAACAAUAACCACUGUAGCAAUUCACGAAAGCAGGCGGACGUAACCGUCCCUUUCAACAAAGAAAGCAAGGAUUCGUACGCCGAGUCGGAGCACUCAGACUCCGACUGUCCUUUUCUAAAAACAGAAAAUACUGAAAAUAAAAACAAAUUAGAAGCUCCAAAGAGCAAGAGAGGCAGGAAGCCGGUCCUCAACCGCGAAACGCCGGUGAAUCACGUGGAGGCGGAGAGGCAACGGAGGGAGAAACUAAACCACCGAUUCUACGCCUUGCGAGCGGUGGUUCCGAACGUUUCGAGGAUGGACAAGGCUUCUUUAUUGUCCGACGCCGUUGCUUACAUCAACGAGUUGAAGGCGAAGAUCAAAGAUCUUGAAUCCGAGAAAGAUAACUAUCAGCGCAAGAAAAAGGUGAAGCUCGAAUCCGGUGAUACUAUGGACAAUCAAAGCACGGUGACUAAUUCCUCAACCGUAGUGGAUCAAGAGAAAUGUAGCAAUGGCGUUGUUGCUGAGGUGGAUGUGAAGAUCAUAGGGGACGAUGCCAUGGUUAGGGUUCAAAGUGAGAAUGUGAAUCACCCAGGUGCGAGACUCAUGGGAGCAUUGAGGGAUAUGGAGUUUCAAGUUCAUCAUGCUAGCAUGACUUGUGUCAAUGAAUUAAUGCUUCAAGAUGUUGUUGGAAAAGUCCCCAGUGGAAUCCUCAGAAGUGAAGAGGGUAUUCGAUCUGCUAUUCUCAUGAGGUUGGAUCAUAUUAAUUAGUAGAUAUGUGUACAAAUUUUCACAUAAUGUUUAAUUAAUUAGUUGUCUGAUUAGAGUGUCAGAAAUAAUUUUGCUAGAGUUUUGUUGUUAGUAUCAUAAAUAAACAAGAGGAACACUUGAAAUUCUAGUGAUAUGUUUCUGGCUUUGUAGCAUUGUGGCGUUGUUUUUGUGAGAAAAUCAAGAAAUAAUGUAGUAUAAUUUAGACAUGGGAGAAUCAAUAAUCUCUUUGAUGUUGUUCAUAGCUUUUAUAUAUAUAUAGUUGUUCUUGAGAGUCAUCAAUAUUCAAUCUUGUAUGAAAGAAGUUCCAUAGAAAUGGUUGAUGCUUUAAUUUAGAUAA